CUUGCCAGUCGGCCCAAGAUUAUUUAAACAUAAAUAUUUCUCUAAUUAUUGAAUUGUAAUUUUGUUUCAAUUUCUUUCAGAUAAUCUUUAAUUGUAAUCUUUAUAUUAUUAGUAUUCUUUGUAAUAUAAUGUUAUUCGAAAAAGAUGCUGAAAAGCAAAUAUCCUCUCCUGAUGAUUUGACUUCUGUCAUCUCUAGACACACUGAAGACUAUGAUCUCUAUGUUGCUAAAUCAAAUCCAGAAUUUAUUAACCUUAAAGAAGGUCAUCAACUUAGAAAAGGACUUGACUCUCGUCACACUACAAUGAUUGCCAUUGGUGGUGCCUUAGGUACUGGUCUUCUUAUUGGAACUGGUUCUGCUCUUAGACAAGCUGGACCAGGUGCUAUUUUUAUUGCAUAUGGUCUUAUUGGUAUGGUUGUAUUUAUGGUCAUGAGUGGAUUAGGAGAAGUUGCAACUUUCGUUCCCCUUAAUGGGUUUGCCAAUUACGGUCAAAGAUAUGUUGAUGAUGCAUUAGGAUUUGCAUGUGGUUAUGUUUAUUUAUUCAAAUAUUUAAUUUUACCAGCAAAUCAGUUAGUGGCAGGUUCUUUAACAGUCCAAUACUGGGUUAGUAAAGAAAGGUUGAAUCCGGGAGUAUGGAUUACAAUUUUUUUAAUCAUUAUCUUGAUCGUCAAUCUUUUAGGUGUUAGAUUUUUUGGUGAAAUAGAAUUUUAUUUGUCCACUUUGAAAGUUUUAACAUGUUUGGGGGUAAUUCUUCUUAUGUUCAUCAUUGCCUUAGGUGGUGGUCCAACCCAUGACAGAUUAGGAUUCAGAUAUUGGAGAGAUCCAGGUGCAUUUUUAGAAUAUUCAGAUAAAUCAAAAGACUUAUUAAUAGAAGGUUCAUUGGGUAGAUUUGUUUCUUUCGUAUCAGUUUUAGUUACUGCUGUAUUCGCAUAUUUAGGUACUGAAUUGGUGGGUAUCACUUUUAGUGAGACUAGAAACCCAAGACGUUCUAUUCCUAAGGCUAUCAAAUUAACUUUCUAUCGUAUCUUAGUGUUUUACAUUUUAUCUAUUUUAUUCCUCGGUAUGUGUGUUGCAGCCAAUGAUCCAUUAUUAUUAAGUGCUUCAGGUAACUCUGCUAGUGCAUCACCAUUUGUUAUUGCUAUCAAGAAUGCAAGAAUUAACGGAUUAGAUCAUGUUAUUAAUGCUUGUAUUUUAUUAUUCGUUCUUUCUGCUGCUAAUUCAGAUAUGUAUGUUUGUUCAAGAACUAUUUAUUCUUUGGCUGUGGCAGGUUACGCCCCAAAGUUCUUCACAAAGACUAGUAAAAGAGGAGUACCAUACUAUGGUAUUGCCUUAAAUUUUGCCUUCACUUUAUUAGCAUACAUGACUGUUUCUAGUAGUUCUGCUCAGAUCUUCACUUAUUUUGUUAAUGUUGUCAGUUUAACUGGUUUAAUUGCUUGGUCCUGUAUUUUAGUCAUCCAUAUUAGAUUUAUGCAAGCUUGUAAAGCUCAAGGUAUUGAUAGAACUAGAGAUUUAGCUUAUAAAUCUCCAUUACAACCAUAUGGUUCAUACUUUGCAUUAACUAUUUGUGUGCUUGUCAUCCUUCUUAAGAAUUUCACUGUAUUCCUUGGUAAACCAUUCACUUACAAGACUUUUAUUACUGGUUAUAUAGUUCUUCCAGUCUUUGUAAUAAUGUUUGUUGGUUACAAAUUGUAUUUUAAAACAAAAUGGAUUCCAUCAUCUGAAGUUGAUUUACAUACUUUUAAGGAUGUUAUUGAUGCAGAAGCUGAAAUCUUCAAGCAAGAAGAUCAAGAAAGAAAAGCUCGUAGAGAAGCUGAAGGUAAAAUGUUCGACAAAGAAUGGUUUUACGAAAAAUUCCUUGGAUGGUUAUUUUAAUUUAUAUUUAAACCUAUCCUGUUUAUUUCUCUCUUGUAAAGUUGCAUGAAUCGCAUUUUGUAUAAUUAGAUUUAGGGUUAAUUUAAUGUAAUAAUGUAAUAAAUGAAAUAAUUAA